UAUCCCCAUAGCAAGUGGAGAACCUUAUACCAGCAAACCUACUUUGAAUUUCUUUAUCUUCUCUGUUAUUUUGCCUAUCCCUCUUACAUUUUUUUUUAUCUGUGAACAAUUCUGUCCCUGCUAUAAACAGUGGCUCAGACUUUCUAAACCUUGAUCAAUGGGGGAAGGUUUUAUUCCUGUUCUAAGCCCAAACAGCCCAACUCUCUGGACAGAGCACUAUUCCCUGAGCUAGAGGGGUACAUCCCAACUGCUGCGUCCGCUUCUUGCAUCAGGAGAAGACCAGCUACCCCAAGGACAAUGGUUCUCUUCUGCUGGGCAUUUCUCAUUUUCUGUGAGUGGAUCCUGCAAAAGGCACUAUGCUUAGAAGGUCACAUGUCAAAAACCUUGGGAUAUCUUGAUUUCGGGGCAACGGGAAUGGUGAAGAAUGGGCCAUAUGGAACAACCAAGCCUCAUUCCCUUUACCCAUCCAGAGUCUUUUCUACAGACCCAUUCAAAGCAAAGCCUCCCAUCCAGUCUCCUGUUAAUCCAUGGGAAUGGAAUAAGAACCAAACACUUUUGAGUGGGGGAAUGGGCCAGAGAGCUAAACGUAAGCCUUCACUGAAGACCGGAAGGACCAAGAAGAUAUUUGGCUGGGGGGACUUCUAUUUUAAUAUAAAGACUGUCAAGUUUAGUCUGCUUGUGACAGGGAAGAUUGUGGACCACAUUAAUGGGACGUUUAGUGUUUACUUCCGUCAUAAUUCCUCUAGCCUUGGCAAUGUGUCUGUAAGCAUUGUACCUCCUACAAAGGUGGUAGAGUUUGACCUUCUUCAACAAUCUACCUUAGAUACCAGAGAAACCAAGACUUUCAAUUGUAGGGUGGAAUAUGAAAAAACCAACAGAGCCUUGAAGAACAAACCAUGCCUUUAUGACCCUGCAAAAUCCUGCUAUAUGGAACACACUCAAAGUCAUGCUGCUUGGCUGUGUGCCAAACCCUUCAAGGUUAUCUGCAUCUUUAUCUCCUUCUACAGCAUUGACUACAAGCUGGUGCAGAAGGUGUGCCCGGAUUACAACUUCCAGAAUGAGAAUCCCUACUUUGGUUGAUUCACAAACUGACAAGGAGGUCAGCAAGCAGCUUUGUACAGAAGUGGAUUGGAGGAUUUUAUCUAUUAGGCACAAAGGUCUUACUACUAUAAAGUGAUCAUUUUUCCAGAUUUACCCUUACUCCCCAUCUAAUAGGAAAUCCGAGUCUCGAAACUCUUACAUAUGUUUUAGCAAACUGGAACUUCAGUUAACCCAAAAUACAUAAUAAUAGCUUUACACUUACUGAGUGGUACAAAGAUAAUGAACAACAUCAGCGCUGGAUGAAAACCUGGGAGAAAUUUCUUUGUUUUUAGGAAACAUAAAAGCGAUUGUCUAUAUGGUAACACUUCAUGGGAUUAUUAACCUAUCAUGUUUUGUAUUUAAAAAUCAUUUCUAACGGAAAACAAAAUGAAAAUGAAGUUGUCACCAUGCAGAUCAUACUCAGCUUUCUAAAGCAACUUCGAGCAAUUGCUGUUUUGGUUAUCUACCUCCACAAGUCCGCGACUCUCAUAUUAAACUCAAGGUGGUGCAUAUUUAACUAAGAAAUCUAAAAUGUGAAAAAGUUGUAUAUUUCAAUCAAUGCAUUUUCUAAUGUGUUAUUUUAACAGAAAAAUACACAUUCCUGGGAGCAAGAGAGUAAAUGUUUUAGCAAAGAUUCACAAAUAUAUUUUUUUCCUAGACCAUUAGUUGACAAAGGUAAUCAUGGCAGUACUACUGGUAUGGGUCCUACUAUCCAGAAACCCUUUAACUAGAAUGCCCUGAAGUAUGGCAAUGCAUUUCUCAUAAGGUAAUAUUUAUUCUUCAGUUUUGACAAAAUAUGUUUUCUCUCAAAUAACGAAACAAUACUUUGCCCUUGACUCUAGCUAAAUUAGUAUAAAUCCAUGUUGAUGGUGAAACAGUUUAUUAAUUUGUAUUUUAAAAGGUUUUUAGCAGCCUUAAGGCAUGUUGCUUCCAUCUACAGAAAUACCUUGUUCUGGAAAACCUCAGGCUUGAUUUAAGAUUUUAAGAUACCUAUACAAAUAAUAAGAAUUUGUAAUUACCAAAUACACAUCACAAGAGACUUGUUAAACGCAUAAAACAUUUUAUUCUCAAUGGGAAUUUCUUUCUAGUAUUUAACUUUUUUAGUUUUGGAACAAUAGCAACAUUUAAUAAUAAAGAUAUAUAUAUAUAUAUUUCACUUUCCUUUGUUGCAAAGGAUUAACAGAACUGGUAACUGAAGGGGUCAAAUCACUUUUUCAGUUAUUUUUUGUUAAACUUAAUUCUCUGGGUAAUAUAAUGUCUUUGUAAAGGCAAAAUUUAGUUGACGGACUUUCAGUGGCCUCCAGUAGAAAAACUAGUACUUCUAAACAGAGCACAACAGAGCACAAAAUCUCCCCCAAAUCACAAAAUAAUAUAAUUCAUAUUCAUUCUUACAGUGUCUUUAUAACAAUAAUAACAGAUUAUAUAACAGCAGGAGCAAAGCGUGCAGCAGUUCUUGUAGAUUUAACAAACAUCAGUUAGCAUUUGCUGGUCACCUGUCUGAAAGCAAACAACUGAUAGGUUGUUGAUUAAAAGGCCUGGAGCAAAUUUUGCACCUUUAUAUACAUUUACCCCUAUGAGUCUUUUAAGGAGAAGCAUAACCAUUAAAUAUAUCAUACCAAAUCAAGUGUAUAUUUUUUUCAAUCAUCAUAAGGGGAAAUGAAUCUGUCCAAGACAAAUACUGAGCUGAAAUUAAGUGAUCUAUUUCUUAGCUGGGCAUGGACAAUUUCUCUUUACACUUGCCUAUAUAUAUUUAUACUCUUUCAAUGAAGACUAUAAAAUAAACUUGCCUGUUGCCCAUACAAGGUAGGUCUACUAGUAUCUUUGAAAUGUGAAAAGGGAGUGAGAAAUAAUGGGUCAAUUUACUAACACUGGUAAAAUUUGUAGUAAAGCAUAUUAACCAAUAUUAAGCUUUUUCAGUCAGCUGCAGAAAUUAAAGCAAAAUUUGAAUGGUUGCUAUGGGUUACUGCACUAAUACACAUUUGCCCAGUGUUAAUAAAUGAGUUGUGUGCAACAGGUUAGAUCUAUUUGUAAUGCUACAAUUUCAGAGAAAAUACACUGGAACAUGACUCAAAAAUACAUGUUUUCUAUAUGUUUUUGGUAAGUACUGCAUGCUUUUAAAAAAUGUUUGCCUAAACGAAUAAAUAAAAAAUGAACUGAGCAAUUUUCCUCUUUUGCCCAGUUCCCUUUAUUACAGAAUGUGACUAGAAAAAAAGUGUAAGGAGUAAGACUUUGCCAGCACUUGGUUCAAAAUCUUGUGUACUAUUUAAGUGAGUCAAAUCAAUACUGAUAAUAAUAAAGCUGUAUAGUUUGUCUGUUCCUCCUUGUACAGACUGUGUUAUACACCUUGUCCUAUUUUUUUAUGAGAAGCCAAAUAUAAUAAAAUAACAGAAGUUUAAUUGA